AUGGCAUCAUCAGGUUCCAAAUCUUUUCAGGACCUCCAAAACAAAUUCCUGGAAAGCGAAGCCAGACGUCCCGCGAACGACACCCUUCAUUAUUACCGACAACAAAACCAAGACAUCACCACACGCCUGAGCCAGGCUCUCGAUAAGUUGAGCGAGUACGACGAGCGCAUUAAGGAGGCCCAAGCCAAAGAGCUCGAGCUUAUCGAUGCCAACGGACGCAUCCAGUUGCUGGAAGAAAACUUCAAAGAGGUCAUUCGUCACAUCGAUCCGAUGGUCAAGUGGGAGUCGAUGAAUAAGGCUGUGCAAGACUUUGUAACUGGAGUUCUUCACGACAACCCGUCAGCCGACGAGGCACACGCAGCAGCGAGUCGUCGUGAUCCGGAUCUGGGACAAUUCGUCCGCGUCAUGUUGACCAAGAUUUCGGAAUACGAGCAUCUUCUUGAACAACAAAAUGUCGAGAUCGCGAACUUGAAGCUCCAACACGGUCGGGUCAGACCCAGGACCACGGAAAUCAUCGAAACCAGGGACUACAAAGACGCCUUUGAUCGGAUGCACAACAUGGGCUUUGUGAUGCAGUCUGUAUUUGAGUACGCCUACAAGGGCUUCCACCACCGAGAAAACGUCAGUCCCGAGGAAGAAAACUACAUGAAAUAUCUCUGCACACUGUACGCGCGUAUCGCACAGGUCAUAGAGUUGGGCUGGAAAGAUGACAAAAAGAGGAAUCUGGGAGAACGCCCUUUGCGAUCCGACUUCCACACCAACCAUGUUGAGUUCAACGGGGAGGACGUGAUCGAGGUAGCGCAGGAGGUGAAGCACGAUGAAAGAUGCGUGGACACUUGGAAGAACCCGCAUGGGAUCACGGCAGGUCUGGAGGAAUUGAUGAAGGUCGCGCAGCUGUAG